CUGGCUGGGAGGGAAGGAGCCGGGCGCCUUGCAGCGGGCCCUGCACAGGGGUCGCAGGGAAUGCUUUCAGGGAAGGGGCUCGUGGUUUCAUCCACCGGGCACUUACUGAGCGCCCACUGAAUACCAGGCCUGUGCAAGGUCGAGUCCCUCGGGGCCGCUUGGCCAAUCAGAUACCCCCUGAGAUCCUGAACAACCCCCAGCUGCAGGCAGCCAUUCAAGUCCUGCCUUCCAACUAUAACUUUGAGAUCCCCAAGACCAUCUGGAGGAUCCAGCAGGCCCAGGCCAAGAAGGUGGCCCUGCAAAUGCCUGAAGGCCUUCUCCUCUUCGCCUGCACCAUUGUGGAUAUCUUGGAAAGGUUCACAGAGGCCGAAGUGAUGGUGAUGGGUGAUGUGACCUACGGGGCUUGCUGUGUGGAUGACUUUACUGCAAGGGCCCUGGGAGCUGACUUCCUGGUGCACUAUGGCCACAGCUGCCUGGUUCCCAUGGACACCUCUGCCCAAGACUUUCGGGUGUUGUAUGUCUUUGUGGACAUCCGGAUAGACACUACCCACCUACUGGACUCUAUCCGCCUCACCUUUCCCCCAGCCAGUGCCCUUGCCCUGGUCAGCACCAUACAGUUUGUGUCAACCUUGCAGGCAGUCGCCCAGGAGCUGAAAGCUGAGUAUCGCGUGAGUGUCCCACAGUGUAAGCCCCUGUCCCCUGGGGAGAUUCUGGGCUGCACAUCACCCUACCUGCCCAAAGACGUGGAGGCUGUUGUAUAUCUGGGAGAUGGCCGCUUCCAUCUGGAGUCUGUCAUGAUUGCCAACCCCGACGUCCCUGCUUACCGAUACGAUCCAUACAGCAAAGUCCUAUCCAGAGAGCACUAUGACCAUCAGCGAAUGCAGACUAACCGCCAAGAAGCCAUAGCCACUGCCCGCUCAGCUAAAUCCUGGGGCCUUAUCCUGGGCACUUUGGGCCGGCAGGGCAGCCCCAAGAUUCUGGAGCACCUGGAAUCUAGGCUGCAAGCCUUGGGACUGCCCUUCGUGAGGCUGCUGCUCUCCGAGAUCUUCCCCAGCAAGCUUAGUCUGCUUCCGCAGGUGGACGUGUGGGUACAGGUGGCAUGUCCACGCCUCUCCAUUGACUGGGGCACAGCCUUCCCCAAGCCGCUGCUGACACCAUAUGAGGCGGCGGUGGCCCUGCGGGACAUUUCCUGGCAGCAGCCCUACCCCAUGGACUUUUAUGCUGGCAGCUCCUUGGGGCCGUGGACGGUGAACCACGGACGAGACCGGCCCUCCCAGGCACCCCGCCGGCCUGCGCUGGGGAAGGUGCAGGAGGGAUCCGCGCGCCUUUCUCCAGCCGUGACUUGCGAGGAUUGCGGCUGCAGAGAAGAGAAGGUGGUGCCACUCGCACUGUGAGACGCUCCUGAGUCUCAGGGUCCUGCCCUCCAGAGGAGCAGCCUCGAGGCUGGUGGUUUUCAGAACAGGGGGCAGACGUU